AUUGACAAUGGUUCCGUUGGUGGUGUUGGUGCUCACCACGCAACUUUUCCAGUCGUCACCAGUGCAGAGCCCAUCCGCCGUCAGAUUGAUCACGUUGUUCGUCUCAAUCAAGAGAGCAUCUUGCAAGCCGCCAACCUCCACCUCUUUGGUCCAAAUUUUUUCGUCAAAUCCAUUAGCAAAAUCGUCUUCAUAUACCGUGCAGUAUACUGGUGUCUCGACGGAUGCAAGGCCAUCAUAUACGAGGUAGCCUGACAGCACGAAUCCAAUGACGAGGCCCAUCAAUGGAAAAAUAGUCAACCAUUUUUGUCGAGAGUCUUUCUUGUCGAGCCAUGGCUUGUCGAUUUCGCCCUUGGCCUUACGUCGUGACCGGAAGUACUUUGGAGCAGGGGAAGGAUGAGGAGAUGCAGCAUCUGAACUAUACAAAGAUGGGCCAUGACCCUUUUGGGGCGGACUUGCUGGUGUUGAUCGCUCCAGAUGUCCGAUGGCCACAUCUUUCUCCCACAAUGAGGAUGCCAUAUCAACAGGAAAGGCUCAGGAUCGGUACGAAUGAUUACAGAAGAUGAAGUUGGUUGUGAAGCUUCCAGACUAAACAUGGCUUUCCUACUCCUUCGGACCCUUGUGAAGCUUCAGCUGAGACUCAAGAUAUAGUUCCGUCACGCUAACGCAUGAUUAGCAACUGUCGAGCCACUUUCAAACGGAAACGAAUCUCUCCAUCUUGACUACGCUUCAACACCUUGGCCUAUCAUACACGAGCAUCUCACGGUUCGGGUAGCAACAUCAAGCCCCUGGCACUGGAUUUUUCUUUGUCCCAAAAUUAGCAACUCUCCCCAGCAUAUGAUGCCGAGGCCAGAAACCAGUGUUCUUAAAAUAUAAGACAUGGCACUCUUCACAAGAGUUGACACUCGCCUACAUUGGAGAAAACCUGACCAAGCUUCCCAGAAUUUUGGUCGAAGGCACAAAUCCUCGGCCUCCUGCCAAGCGAAUAUGCCAUACCUGGUACAAUGCUGCUUGUUCUUCACAAUCUUGCCUCAAAUCGUUCUCGCUCGAUCAGCCCCGACUACGAACGAGGAAUACCACAUAAUGUCUUUUGGGAAAACCGGUAGAGAAAAAAAAGACACCGGACAACUCUGGCGGCAUCAAUACCGUCGAUUCGUGUGCCCGCGACGAAAUAUCUCUUCCAUUCGCACUACUCUGCCUUGGGUUACCCAAUGGGCCUUGUUCAAUCGGCCAGGAAGAGCCAUCUCGUCUGAUACACACUUUCCAAAUCUUGAAUGUCUCAAUUUAUGAUCCAAAUAAGCUAUCUAAUCUUCCUCUUCCUACAUAUACCAGCCAAAAUUUGGCUCAAUAUGCUGGAAACAUGAGCCUAUCAGAUGAUACCACGACUUUUUUUUGAUCCAAUGUCUAAGUUUCCGGAUAAUCAAGAUUCCACAACUACGUUACGAAUUUCUGCUUGUGGUGACUUAUCUCGGUCGAGGCUCGGCCAUGGAACAACGGUUUCGAGGCGACGUUGACUCCUUUCCCAACCAUACUACUUAUCGCACAGGAAGGAAAAAAGAGCAUGGACCCAGAUGGGCCGAAGGUUCCACUCCAUGAGUCGAAGCUCAAAAGUGCAAUGCUCUGAACAAACCCCUGAAGUGAUCGGUAGAGUAGAGAGAUUUCUUACACCGCGGCUCUGUGAUUGCAUAGCAGUGGUUCUCUCCUAGUUCCUUUCACCUCUGAAUCCUCUCUAUUGCUGCUAAACUCUAUCGCUUGUUCCGUGGUUCACUCUAUCAUUUUCAUCCUUGUGCGAAAAACCACCUCCGGUCCGCGAGUCUUUGGUGUAGCCAGUCAACCAACGAAUUCCUUUCAUCAUGGAGAUGGAUCGGAUACCACGAACUCCCACAUCGGCAUACUCUACGGACAGCUCGCAGUCUGCUUUGGAGCCACCUUGUUUCCCUCGAUCGCCUUCACAGAUGUCUGUGGCCUCCGAGGCUGACUCGAUGGCACCGUUGGGCACUGCUGGCGCCUUCAAAUGCGACAUUAUGGUCAAGUUUCUUCGUCAACGACAGAUGGAAAAGCUCUGGUCAAACAGUGACUUCGAGGAAGGUGUGGUUCUGAAAAGAGCCAAAAAUGACUUCAUUUGUCAGCCAACCAAGUUGCUGUUCACUCAGCAUGGCCUAUUCGAGCAAAUUGGUCGGCUGAAUGUCAAGGUUGCCAUGACCGUGAAUACGGACGUCAUUCAAUCCUUCUUACAAACUUCGCAACUUCCCUAUGUUCCGUACCUUGAUAGCCUGCGGAUCCAGGUGCUUCCUGACAUCACUUACCUGUCGGACUGUAAGAAGCAUCACUUUGCGGCAUUCAUUCGAGAUCUGGGCCUUUUGGUCGUGUGGCAUAACGAUCCCGAGCAGAUCAUCAGCCGAGCAGAGCAGAUCGAGCAACACCUUGUUUCCCUGCUCUGGAAAGACGAGAACAUUGUUGUCAGAGGUGCACCGCCCAGCAAGACACCUUCUAUCAACCUCGUAGAGAAAGUGGACACUGGCUCCGAGGAAGAGGGACGCCGGUAUGACGACAAGCCCCGAAAAACACUGCUGUAUCAAUCGAUCCUCAUGUCCUUCGUGGCCAUCUUGGUUGUUCUCACCAUCGGUCUGGGUUGGCGGAAAGUGGCGAUUGAGGUCAAAACCGACCAUAGCUACCUUCGACUUAUCCUGGCCAUUGUCAUCUUUCCCCAGAUUUGGCUCGGCUGGUUCUUCUUCCAGACAUUGGUCAAUGGAAUCUCACAAGUCGUUGGACCGGUCAAUCAAAUGGACUCCAACUCCCGCUCAUUUUCUGGUGUCCGUUCAAGGAGACUUGAGACAGACACUCUGCCUCAUGUAACCGUCCAAUGUCCCGUAUACAAAGAAGGGCUCUGGGGCGUCAUUGACCCGACAAUGGUGUCGAUUCGUGAAGCAAUCUCCACGUAUGAAAUGCAAGGGGGAAGCGUCAACAUCUUUGUCAAUGACGACGGAAUGCAACUUCUCUCCGUCGAUCAGGUAAAGGAACGUCGAGAGUACUACGAGGAACACAACAUUGGCUGGGUUGCUCGUCCCAAGCACAACCCAAGCCCAAAUGUCCAAGACGGAGAAAAGGCUUUCAUCAGACCUGGAAAGUUCAAAAAGGCGUCCAACAUGAAUUAUGCCAUGAACAUCUCUGCUCGUAUUGAGGACGGUCUAGCCAGAGUUUCUCGCCACGAAACAUGGUCACAGCAAGAUGAAGACAAUGCCUACCGAGACAUGCUCGGCCAGGUCUUGAAGGAGGAUCAAGGUCGGACGUGGGCCGACGGCGACGUGCGCAUUGGCGAUUACAUUCUGAUCAUCGACUCCGACACCCGGGUGCCAGCCGACUGCUUCCUCGACAUGGUGAGCGAGAUGGAAGCCUCUCCACAGGUGGCCAUCGUUCAAUAUAGUUCGGGCGUCAUGAACGUCACUUCCAGCUUCUUCGAAAACGGCAUCACGUUCUUCACCAACCUAGUCUACACGGCGAUUCAAUUCGCGGUGGCCAACGGGGACAUUGCUCCCUUUGUCGGCCACAAUGCCAUCUUGAGAUGGUCGGCGCUGCAGGACAUUGCCUAUAUGGACGACAACGACGACGAAGACAGCGCCAAAAACGGGUUGGCCGUCGAAAAAUACUGGGCCGAGACUACCGUGUCGGAAGAUUUCGACAUGGCGCUCCGGUUGCAAUCCAAGGGUUACGAUUUACGUUUCAGCACUUACUUUGGACCCGAGGGAUUCCAAGAAGGUGUCUCGUUGACGGUUUACGACGAGUUGGCAAGAUGGGAAAAGUACGCGUACGGCUGCUCUGAACUCAUUUUCAAUCCAUUACGAUAUUGGGCCACAAAGGGACCCAUCACACCACUGUUCCGCAGGUUCUUACUCUCAAACAUGUCAUUAAUGGCAAAGAUCACAAUCAUGUCUUAUAUUGGCACGUACUAUGCCAUUGCUUCUGCUUGGAUCCUCACGGUCAUGAAUUACUUCCUCAUCGGCUGGUUCAACGGCUACCUCGACCAUUACUACGUCGACUCGUUCAAGAUUUACUUUUCGAUUGUCAUUGUCUUUCAGGCUCUCGGUACUGUGUCCCUAGCAGUAUUACGCUAUCGCGUCUCUGGUCGUUCCCUCCUCGGCUGCCUCUUUGAGAACCUCAAAUGGUUACCCCUCCUGACCAUCUUCCUCGGCGGCAUCUCUCUGCACGUCUCCCAGGCCAUCGCGUCGCACAUGUUGUCGAUCGACAUGACGUGGGGCGCCACGGCCAAAGAGGCGACGCGCACUUCCUUCUUCGACGAGGUCCCCGUCAUCCUCCGCCGGUUCAAAUUCACCUUUUCCUUUUGCGUCGUCGCGGUCACCGCCAUGGUCGUCCUCGCCGGCGUCGGCCCUCUCGGAUAUGUCGUCCCUCACGACUGGUUGAUCACCGGCUUCACCGCCGUCUGGCCGCUGGCGCUGGUCGUGGCGUUUCAUUUUCUCUUGCCGUUGGUGUUGAACCCGGGACUGAUGCAGUUCACCUUUUGAGACGGCAGCGUCUUGGAGAUUGGACCUUGUCUUGUUUUGUUGUUGCUGGGACUCGUAUGUACGGGCGAGGAAUGUCGAAUGGUAGCUGUCUAUCUUGAAACAUCCCAGUCAGGGUCAUCCUUCGUACUUUUCAUCUUAUAUUUGAUGUCGAGAUUCAAACCGUCAGGGCUCGAAACAGGUUACGCUGCAUGGACAGUCUGUCGGAACUCAAAACCGAGACUUGAGAUUGAGCAACUUUUGAUUGAGAAAUUAAUUUA